AUGGCCAAACCUCCAAAUAUUAACCCCGAAGACAUUUUUUCUGAUGAAUCUAGUUUCUACGGCGACGAAUCUGAGACAGCACAGCUCGAAAGAGAAGCAACUGAAUACGACCCAAAGGAAUACUGGACAACAACCCAUCCCCAUCUUCUCUCUACAAUCCAGCAUCAGAACCAACGAGAACGUGCCCAACAAGCCGAAAAAGAGAAAAUGGCUUCACUUCCAAUGGAAAUGGACAUUGACACUGACACCCCGCAAAUCCUCCCCCGGGAUAAACCCGGCAAGCAUGAGUCCUGCGCUGAAUUUCUCAAGCGACUGCCUGCGUCAUCCACCAAAGCUGACGCCAUCGGGCCCUGGAUCUACAUUCACACUCCGCACACCGAGCGACUGAACGAUGAUGUUGCGGAGCUCAAGAGGCAAGGGCGCGAAGCAUUGUCCGCAUUUGAGAACGAAGAGGCAAGGCUAAGAUACGAAAAUGACUGUAAGGGCGGCAGUGCAGUUACGUUGGCUAGGAAGGUGAGACCGCUACAGCGUGAGCUGGAGGAACACAUCUAUACACUAGCACGAGAGACGAACUGCAUUACUGGGAAGUGGAUGAUGUUUAUCACUGCGGACCGGGUCGAUCGUUACUGGAGUGCUGUUGCGGAGGCUACAAUGAACGGGCAUUUGGGGGUUGCGGCGAAGGUGGCCACGGAUGAUGGGGAGGCCGGCAACAAGGCAAGAUUGAUUGCUAUUUACACUAGGGAUUAUGAGGACCGGGAGGAUGUGAAGCGGGUUUUGAAGAAAUUGGUCGAGUUGAAUUUGGUUAGGAGGGGUGAACGGCCAAUUUACUACAAGCGUGACGCCCUCACAUACUUGGAUAUCAUGUCGAAAAAUAAGUAUGGUUUGAAGGCAACUUCGUGUUCAAGUGCGGAUGUUUUGGCUGGGAAAUUUUGA